AAGUAUCGUCCAUUUAUACACAACAAAAAAGAUGGCGUCUACUGCUGCCGCAGGCGAACAGCCAUGGUACGUCUCGCUUUUGGGACUCGCAGAACAUUUUAGAACAUCAAAUCCUCCAAAUAUCAGAUUAUGCAUUCAUUGCUUACAGUCUAUUUUCAAAUUUAAUCCUCCACCUCACAUAGAAGCUCGUACUCAUCUGCAGCUAGGAAAUAUUCUCUUGACUCACGCAAAAAACUCAGACAUCGCAAGAACUCAUUUAGAACAAGCGUGGACGAUUUCAUCAACAAUUCCUCAUAUAGACGAUGUUCGAUUUGAAUCAGCUAGUGUACUUGCCCAAUUUUAUACAGAAAAACAGAACAUGUCUCACAAUGCAAAACCAAUACUACUCAAAGGUAUUGAUUUGUCUCAGCAAUCACCAUACUGGCAUUGCCGUUUGUUAUUUCAGCUUGCACAACUUCACACAGCAGAAAAAGAUUGGGUAGCAGCUAUGAACAUAAUGGGGAUAGGUGCUGAUUAUGCUCUUAAUGUCAGAUCGGAGUAUACUCGACUCCUGUUUAUGUUGAGCAGAGGCAUGAUUGGACUAAUAAGUAAAAAUAUACCAUGUGUGAAUGAUGCAAUGACCCAAGCUGGUCAGUUAAUAGAAUCCUUCUCAGGCAGCCCUCUACACAAAGAAUAUUUGAAGGUGUUUUUCUUAGUACUUCAAGUUUGUCAUUAUUUGAUGGCUGGACAGGUUAAAAGUGUGAAGCCAGUUUUGAAACAGCUUCAACAGAGUAUUCAGACAAUAGCUCAUAAUCAUUCUGAUGAUGAGCCAGUGGUGACAAAUGAAGCAGAAAUGUUUCAAUGGUUACCUAAAGAACACAUGUGUAUACUAGUCUAUUUAGUUACAGUCAUGCACUCUAUGCAGGCAGGAUAUAUGGACAAGGCACAAAAAUACACAGAUAAAGCCCUUAUGCAGAUUGAAAAACUUAAAUUUAUGGAUAGCAAUCCUCUUCUUUCAUCCUUUCAAUUGAUGCUUCUUGAACACAUCAUAAUGUGUCGGCUAAUCAUGGGGAAUAAAUCAAAUGCAAUACAUGAGAUAUUUCAAGCAUGUCAUGUUUGCCAACAGCAGCCUAGACUGUUCACUACACAUGGAUCUCAAAUCCACACUUUGAUUGGAUUAUAUGCAAUGUCUAUGAACUGUAUGGAGGCAGCUGAAGCUCAGUUUCAGACAGCUUUAAAGAUGGCAGGAGGAGUUGAUUUAAUAAACUUCAUUAAUUUAAACUUGGCCAUAGUCUACCUGAGGACAAAUCGUCAGCCAGAAUUAAUGGGACUUUUAGAGUCCAUUAAUCCAGAGACAAUACCUACAGCUAAGUCUACAUGUCUGUGUAAUUAAACUUGCGUGAAAAUGUUUUAUUUCAGUUCUCACACAUUAAAAGCAGCAUCAUACUAUGUUAAAGGCUUGCAGUAUUUCUUCCAAGCUAAUUUUACUGAUGCCAAACGUUGUUUGAGAGAAACUCUUAAGAUGGCCAAUGCAGAGGAUCUUAAUAGAUUGACAUCUUGCUCCUUAGUCCUGUUAGGUCACAUCUUUUUAUCUUUGGGAAAUACUCAGGAAGCCAUGAACUUGGUCACACCUGCAAUGCAAUUAGCAGGAAAAAUACCUGAUGUCCAUGUUCAGCUUUGGGCAUCUUCCCUACUUAAAGAUCUGUACAGACAAUGCGGAGACACAGUAAAUGAAGCUGAAGGCUAUCGCAUGCACACCAGUUUUUCUCAGGCCUUGCUAAAAGAUCAUUUCCAGUCAUCUCAGAUGCCAGAACAUGGUGUUAUACAGUGGACUGAUGGCCCUUGUCCUUUUCAUCUGAGCAGCUCUGCAUCUACUUCAAGUGCAAUGUUAUAAAUCCUAUUGUAAUUUUUAAAAACAGUUUUGAUUUUUAAUAACUAUACUCCAAAAAACAGGUUUUUAAACAUUUUUAUCCCACAAAACCUUGAUCAGGUUAUUUUUUGUUUUAAAAAAGUAUGAUUAAAUGACCAAAAGAACAUCUUGUUUCUCUGUUCCUCUAUAUACAUGAUAGUACAGAUCUUCCUGCAAAGUUUUGAUAACUUUUAGCUUAUGUUUAAUAAUAAACUAUGAAUGUACAGCAAAAAAGAAUCCUAAAUAUCUGAUCUGCAUAUUUUCUUAAUGUAAUGUUGAAAGGAUUGUGUUUACCCAGUGUAAUCCUUUGUUUAAUGGUUGGUUAGUUAUGUGUAUAUACUUUGCAAAGUGUUGGCAGAAAUUGGGGAAAGUGACUUGAAUCUUUUAUGUCUGUUAUUUUGUCUCACUAUUUGCAUUGAUUACAUAUUUGAGUAUGUACAUUAACAUUUUUUAAACUAGGCCCUAGUUGGACAAAAUUUUUAUGUUUAUCACAGCACAUAUGUACAUAAGCAUCAGAAAGAGGCUAGUUCUAUUUAAAAGCAAUAUGAUAUAAUUGCUAAUUAGCACAAUUACAUUUUGAGUGUGAAUUGACUGUAUAUACCAAUGAUUAACAGUGAUUAUAAGCAAGUGUUGUGUAUACCUCUGUAACUCAUAUAAUGGCCCGAGGCUAAAAUGACUGUCUGUACAUGUUUUGUAUGAGUCAAAUAUGGUGAAUACCUCUCUACUGGAUGAUACAAUCUCUUCUCACCUUUGGCUUGUAUGAUGAUGUAUGUUGCUAGGAUUGUUUGGUUAGCCUGUGAUCUUCUGUUUGACAUUACAACAACUAUGUUGCAAUUCAAAAUGUAGAAGGUUUGUGCCUAAGGUCAUACACAUGUUUAAUGGAUGCUGUGCAUCUGUGUUUGUAUUCUUUUGUUUUUAAUAUCAUAUAAUUUGAUAUCUAUUAAUUUUUACAAUAAAUAAAAAGUAAGUUAGUAUAAUUGGUAUAAAAUACUCAGCUUUGUCUGUUUAUUAAUGAUUUUUUAAACAUGACUAGCUGUAAAAGUUUGAAUUGAUCAUUAGUGCUUUUAUUUAAAUGUUAAAGGGCAAUUUCUUAUAUGUGUCAAUACCAUUUUAAUUGUUAGUAUGGCAGGUAUUAACUAAUUUCAUUUUCCAAUUCAUUUAAAAAAUUCCUGAACAAAAUUUUCAGAAUCUGUAUGUUUUGGCUACUUUCUUAACUUUGAACAUUUUUAAUUACUUAAAUAUUUAAAUAAUUUAAGAUAAUUCACAAACUGGACUAUAUCAGAAUACAAUCAUAGCUAAGGUUUUUCAAUAUUAAAACAAUUUUACUGCUGACAUCUGGUGAAAGUAGUUUUUAGUUAAGGAAAUUACUAUCUAAAAUUAGUUGCUCAUAUGAAGUACUAUGGAUUGAAUAUAUGCACAAUAUAUUUUUUUACCAACUUGCAUCUACAGGCCACUAGUUAAGUUUAUGUUAUUUUUAUGACUAUGUAAAAAUGUUUUUUGUUACAUAUUUACUCUCUUGAACCAUAUAUCUAUAUAUUCAGUCCUCCUGUUCCAUGCAAUUUAAUUUAUCAUUACAGAUUAUUUUUCUUAUAGGAAAUACACCAUCUCUUAAUUUUUAGUUCAUACAUAGUGAAAUAUGCAUUUUUGUCAUGGCUUGAAAAAAAAGAGAUGCUGUAUUACAGGGUGUUAAUAUUGUCUAAGAUUUUUAAUCCAUACAUAGAAUCUCUGCUUGCAAAUGUUUAAAAACAAUUUUAAUAUGUAAUUACUUGGCUUAUGUUAAAGACAUUACACAUUUUUAAUACAGAAAAAAAUGUUGCAUCUAAUUAAAAUCUUAAUUCCACAAGUCA